AUGUCUAUAAACAUCCCAUGCGGUUCAAGUAACCCAAUCGGCGUCAAAAUGCCCCCUCCAACAACCCCGCCGCCACCUCUCGCCGAAGACACAAAAUCCGCAAUCCAAAAGGCCGUCCACGACCGGGAAGCUCCUGCACAUCUGGUCGGUGACAAAGACGUUCUCCAUAAGAAAGGAUUAGAUAACACCCCAAAGGGACAAGGGAAAGGGGUGAAAGGAGCAGAGGAUACAGAAAUAAAAGAGGGGAAGGGUAAAAGAGCCCUCCAAUGGGAAAGGAGGAAGGAAUCAUAG